GGAGAGCUAGACUCAGGCUGUAAGCUUGUACUCCCUUCAGUCUCGAACUCGCAGUGUCUGUCCGUUUGUCCUUUCGAUACGACUUACAUCGUAUUUUUGGUUUAUUUCUUGAUCAGAGACGGAUGGACGACUGAAUGGAGUCCAAUAACAUGGUAGAGAUCCGCGCCGCCCACAAGCGGUUCGGAUCCAACCUCCCGCUAUUGAAUGGCCUCAAUAUGACCGUCAAGAAGGGACAUAUAUAUGGUCUCCUAGGUCCUAGUGGAUGUGGCAAAACAACACUGCUUAGCUGUAUUGUCGGAAGAAAGCUGUUGGACAGUGGUUCCAUCGAAUUAGGAGUUUUUAGGAAGUCAGAUAUAGGUUACAUGCCGCAGGAUACGGCACUAUUUAUGGAUUUUAAAAUUAUUGAGAUAUUUCACUUCUAUGGAACACUGUUUGCUUUGCCAAACAGCAUUAUUAAGAAGCGAGCGGAUAAGCUUUCUAAAAUGUUGGAGCUACCUCCAGAAUAUAGGUUCAUCAAUACAUUAAGUGGAGGGCAGCAGAGGAGGUUAUCUUUCGCUGUAGCUUUACUCCAUGAUCCUCAGUUAUUAAUAUUGGAUGAGCCCACUGUAGGUGUCGACCCUGUUCUCUGCCAUAGUAUGUGGGAAUAUCUGAUACAUUUAGCAGUCGUUGAAACCAAAACAAUCAUUAUAACAACACAUUACAUAGAGGAGGCGAAACAAUCAAACAUGAUUGGACUAAUGAGGGAAGGAGUUUUGUUAAUAGAGGCACCUCCAUUGGAUCUCAUCAGAGGUCAGGGCUGUUCCAGCCUCGAAGAAGCAUUCCUCGAACUAAGUAGGAAACAACAUGAAGCAUCAAAUGGGGAUGAACAUAAACUGGGAAUGUUAAAUUAUAACAAGCCAAAGCCAAUCAAAGCCAAACCACCUUUUCCAGCAGGUGAAGUUUUUAAUUUUAGCAGAUUUUUAGCCCAGUUGUGGAAAAAUAUACGAUGGACACAACGAAAUAUUCCGAUACUUCUUUUCACACUGCUAUUACCAGCUAUUCAGGCUUACCUUUUCUGCGAAUCAUUUGGAAAAGACCCGAGAAAUAUAGUUGUUGGUUUAGUGUCAAAUGAAUUAUAUUCAAUUAAAGAUUCUUGUGAUGAUCUCGUAAAUAAUGUAACAUAUAGUCAUUUAUUGGAAUGUAAUGUUCCAGUAUCAUUUUCCUGUUUGUUUUUAAAAGAGUUAACAAAUAAGAUGGGUAUAGAAGUAUAUUCUAACUUAAUUGAAGCCAAAGAGGCUGUUUCUAAAAAUGAAAUCUGGGGUGUAAUGGAGCUUCAUAGGAACUUUUCGAAUGCAGUAGAGGUGCGAAUAAAUGAAGGAAUUCAGUCAGAUGAUGAUAUUAUAGAAAAGAGUUCGGUUUCAGUUUGGAUGGAUAUGUCUAAUUAUAUCGUUGCUCAUAUAAUAAAGAAGAACUUGCUAAAAUGUAUGACGAAUUUUGUGAAAGAUAUAGUACAGACUUGUGGUGCUCCAAGAAAAAUUGGAGACAUCCCAGUAAAGCUAAAUGAUGCUAUAUUUGGAAGUAAUGACCCAGUUUUUGCCCAUAGUAGUGCUGCAGCAUUCAUAUGCUCGUUUGUUUUUUAUUUCACGAUGGUUUUCACAAGUGGUGCUAUUAAGGUGGAAACAUUGGCUGGCCUAAUAGAAAGGAGUAUGGUUUCAGGAAUGACGAGGUUUGAAAUUGUUGCUGCUCAUUUGAUUGUCCAAUUUUGUAUGAUGACUAUGCAAUCAAUGCUUAUGAUGGUUGUAAUGUUUGUUAUAUAUGACAAUCCAUUGCACGGAAAUAUAACUUUGAUUAUUUCAAUGGUGGCUCUAGUUGCAAUUGUAGGCAUUUCAUUCGGUUUUUUACUAGCUGAAAUGUUUGAAGAAGAGAAAUUAAUAUCUUAUGCUGGAAUCGGAAUAACUAUGUGCAUAUUUUUGAUUAAUGGUUGCGUAUGGCCUAUGGAAGGAGCUCAUGAAUAUAUCAAAAUGAUCCAUAUUGUUGCUCCUAUUGUUCCAGCUGUUGCCGGCUUCAAUAUCAUGGCUACAAAAGGUUUCGGUCUAGAAAACAUGCAAGUGGUAGCAGGCUUUAUUUCAUGCUUUGUAUGGAUAACUAUAUUAUCUGGUCUUACACAUUAUUUUGCUAAGAAAAAGAAAUAGUCAUUUACUAGUUUUAAAAUAAUAAUAAUAGUAAAUUUGUACAAAUGUAAUUUAAUUUGUUAAAAUAAAUUUUUUAUUUUUAA